AAAUUUGAAUUUGGAAAAUUGCUCACCGAUUCGAUUCGAAGGUUCUUGCUCACCGAAACGUCGAUAAUCUACCGAGUAGAUCGUCGAUUACAGCUGCCGAAGUUUCCGGAUUGAAUUUUGGUGGUUACCGUGCAGCAAUGGAUGAAGAAAUGUCCAAUUCGGUGCGACGUAUGUCGACUAGGACUCGUAAGGUUGCCUCAAAAAUGUCGGCAGCUCUUUCCAGCAGCGAUAAUCGGACUCAGGCUAUGCUUGCUCGUCUUGAAGCUUUGGAGAAUGAUAAUGCUGGACUGGAAACGGUACAAAACGAGGAUGAUGAUGAGGCCUCUCUAGACGAUGACGAUCAAGCAUAUCAGAAGAAGCAAAGCAAAAGCACGAAAAGGAAAACCCGGCAAGCUAAAGCUCUUGAAAAUGCCAAGAAAGCGCCGAGGACUUUUCUAGAGCUGUUGCACGAGGCAAACCUCGAAUCGUUGCCUCCCCAUGUUCCGUCCUACUUGAGAGCAGCUGUCGGGCCUCCAAGCUCCACAGCUCGUCGCCAUUUCUGCACAGUGUGUGGAUUUUCUUCAAACUACACUUGUGUCCAAUGCGGGACAAGGUACUGUUCUAUCCGAUGCCAGAAAAUUCAUAACGACACUCGCUGUUUGAAAUUCGUUGCUUGAUUCUCAUAUGAUCGAUAACCAAGAGUAGCUAGCAAAAUAUUAUUUUGAUUUCAAACCCAAAAAUCUACUAUUCAAUCCCAUAUUCCUGAUAAAAAUAUAAGUCAAAGAACCCAACGAUGGAUCGACAAAAGUCUUACCAAAACAUGUAUAGGAGCCACAUAAAAUGUUUGGACAUUAUCAACACAAGUGCUUUAGACGUUCUUACAGAGAGUGUAUGUGCUUAGCUUUUUGUAUAGCAUCCUUCACCCUCUUCGACGGCUCCUCGUACAAGAAUGCCGGGUUAUCAAACUCCGAUGCCCGGCUAGAUUCCCCGAGGAAUGCCCUGAACGAGUCUGCAACCGAAUGGGAAAGAGAACUGAGGUUAUAA